CGCUAAGCACUAGGCAGAAGAAAGCAACACAAGCAUAUUGCGCCAAGCAACAAACUUGUCAGACGAUCAGCAAAGAGUGGCUUCAACGCAGAAGAAACCUACAAUCCUUUACAUCCCAUGGCCGCGCUCAAAUCUUCUGUUACUUCCACAGGCUUGGCACUUCACACCUCUGAGGUUUCUCCUCGCCGCCGCGGGAACGCAGUGAUAUCCGCAUCGGCUCAUCACCGGCGAAGUCUUGUUGGCUUAACGAUGAACUCUUCAGGCAUGAACAAAGCCUUCCCGGUCAGAGGAACCACACAAAUUCCUGCAGUUGGUCCUGGUCCUGCAAAUCCGUCAGGAGGAAAUCUCCCAAUACCCAACAUGCCUUCAUGGGCCAAAUGGGUGGUUGGUGCCGUCAUAGUUGCAAUACCUAUUUACAGGAGGAUGAGGACAUUGGAAGAUAAGAUAGAGAAGACGGCAGAGGUGGCCGUCGAGGUGGUCGACACGGUGGCAGAGGCGACCGAGAAGGUCGCCGGGGAGGUCGCCGACGCGUUCCCCGGGAAUGAAAAUAUCAAGGAGAUAGCCUCGAAGAUUAAGACCGUCACAGAUGCGAUCGAGGAGGAUGCUGACAAAGCCGAGGCCCUAAUAGACAAGGUCGAUGAGAUAAAGAAAGAGAUAGAUUCAAUAGUCGGUCCUAUAAUUGACAAAGCCGUGGAGGAGGAAUCUUAGAGAAGCAGCCCAAGAAGAGGAGAUAUAUAAAACAACAGGCAAAAGAAAAGAAGCAAACGCUAGUUGGAAACUGCAGAGGCAAUAAUGACGCGUUUCAUGUCAUUUGCCUUUUAUCUCCUUGAUAUUUUCCCAGCCACGAGCUUGUACAGUUACUAACUUUCUGUGAACCACAAGAAAAGGUAAAUUUGGUUGCUACUCGUGAGCUCGGCCAACAAGUAGUAUUUUUCUGUACUACUUCUGUGCUGCCACAAAAAAUGAUACAGUAAGUUGGUAAAAUGCUGUUCUUUGUCCAGCAAA